AUUAGGCCACACUUGGCCCAUUAGGUUUACACCACGCUCACAACCCACUCACCACACGCUCACUGCUUCAGACUCAGCUCAUCUCUCCUCUCAGGCUCACGGCGACGACGACGACGACGGCGGCGGCGCGGCCUCACCUCAGCCUCUCGUUUCAGCUCCGGUUAUCUAUUUCUGGAAGAGGAGUUCACAAUGUCUGUCAUGCUGUGCUGAUUAGAGAGGUAGCAACGUUACGAGCCAAGAAUGAGCUUGUUUUUAAGAUUAAAACAUUAUUUACCCAAUGUUUUACACGCACAACCUCAACCUCUUCAUACAACUGUAGUGGGGCUUCAUGCUAGGAAAUUAAAUGUAUUUUCAAGAAACUUUGGCCAAGCUGCUAGGAAAGAGGAAGAGGAAGAUGUAGAGGAAGUGGAAAUUGAUCAAAGAAGUCUCCCGGCUGAUUUUGAUCCUGCCACAUUCGAUCCUACUGACCAUCGUGGCCCUCCAUCAGAGAGGGUUUUCAGGCUUGUUGAUGAAGUGUCAUCUCUAACGCUAGCUGAAGGUGCUGAAUUGGGUCUCCUUCUGAUGAACAAAAUGGGGAUAAAGGACUUGCCUAAUAUUGGAUAUAUGAAACCAGGAGCAGCAAAUUUGGCUGCAAUGGCAGCAAAAGCACCAGCCGCAGCCAAGGAGGAGCAAAAGCCAGAAAAAACUGUAUUUGAAUUGAAACUGAUGUCCUAUGAAGCAGCUUCCAAAAUUAAAGUCAUCAAGGAGGUCCGGGGGUUUACUGAUCUAGGUUUGAAAGAGGCCAAGGAUUUAGUGGAAAAAACACCUUCUAUCAUAAAGAAAGGUGUUUCAAAGGAAGAAGGUGAACAGAUAAUAGAGAAACUGAAAGCUCUUGGUGCAAAUGUCGUCAUGGAAUAACGUGAUUUAUUGUGUUUUUCUGAGAGAUGUUUCUCCUAGUAUUCAGAACUUUUAUAAGUGAUCUGAAAUUUAGAAAAUUUAAUAUAGUUGGCCAAGGAAGGAUACCGGAAAUUUUGCUAGUGCUAUUUUAAAGUUGUGCUCACUUUCAGCUUAAACUGGAAUUUGAUGUUGUGUAGCUAUUAAACAUCCUUUGUUUCCCUACUGAUGGAAUAAAAGUACUAUUCAUGUUUUUGGUC